CGACAGGCUAUACAUAAAUGAAAUGAUUACUUGUAUACAGUAUGUAUAUAGUAAUUACUUCUUUAAUUACAAUUUCUACUUCGUAAGAAGCGCCUUAUCAUCUUUCCGAUCUUGAUGAAACAUUCGAGAACAAGUGAUCAAGGGAAAAUGACGUGCGCAUAGUAAGCUGCUCGUCUUAGCUUAUUCAAAGCUCGGAUUAAAAGCAUCCUUCAAACACAGUAUCAACAAAGUCAGUAUUGUUUAUUUCUACCGCUCAGACCUUGAGAAGUGUAUGAUUUUCAGAGUGUUUCAUUUGGACUCAAGUACGCGAUAUCAAUCUGGGUUGCGGUAAAUCAACUCACAGACCAGCGGUCGCCCCGACCGACACUGGCGGGAACAACAAACCUUCCGCCAUGUUGUCCCCAAAAAUCAACUUCCCGGCGGAAAAUUCACCCCAGAGACAGGGUUCUAGCAACUCUGUACGUGCCAAAGUCGCCCUUAAGCCGGGAAGAAGUCUUAUGGAUUGGAUAAGACUAGGAGCAAGCGGGAAAGACUUGACAGGAGUGAAUGGACAACAUCGGCCGGUGACAUUUGAGGAACUCGAUAAACACUCCUCGGAAGAGGACUGCUGGAUAGCAAUCAGAGGAAAAGUAUACAAUCUGACGCCUUACCUUGAGUAUCACCCAGGUGGGAUACCUGAGAUCAUGAAGGGGGCGGGAAAGGAUGGGACACAACUGUUUGAUGAGGUUCAUAAAUGGGUCAAUGCAGAAUCAAUGAUGGAGAAGUGCUUUAUUGGACCUUUAGUUGGGGUGCCUAAAAUGGGCCCUCCCAGAACAGGGUCUAGAGGAUCUUUGAGGUCUAAUGCAUCUAUCAGGUCGGCAAACAGUCUGUUAGCACCAAUAACUACAGCAAGUGGAUCAGUAUUAUUGAAGCCUCAUCAAGACUCAAGUAUAAGAUAUGAUUGGUACCAGAACGACAGGAUUGUAACAAUUGCUGUCUACACAAGGGCCAAGGACAUACAAAUGGAUAGCAUUAUUUUGGAAUUAAAAGACCAGAAGGAUCUUAAUGCAAUAUUUAUUCUUGGGGAGAAAAGUUAUCAGUUACAUUUAGAUCUCGAAGAAAAAGUAUCCAAUCAACAAGUUCGAAUAGCCAAUGAUACGGGCAAAGUUGACUUACUACUGACGAAAGAUGAACCUGGUAAAACUUGGUCUGGAGCAGGAAAACCGCUGGAUGGAAAUGAUACUCUGAAGGCUCACAAAUCUAGGGAGUCGCAGUUCUGGGAGUGCACCCUGACAUCAGUGGAGGAAGUGUCACACAACACUCAGCUCCUUGGCUUUGAGCUUCCUCCCGGUGUACUUAUGAGGGUCCCUGUUGGUCAUCACGUCCAUGUUAAACGAAAUAUACAAGGGAUGGAAAUCACCCGUAGCUACACUGUGGUGCUACCUUCCCUCAACAUUGACCGGACAGAGAGGGAGUACGAAGGCAGACGCUUCUACUUGAUGAUCAAGAUUUACCCGGAUGGGGCUCUAACUCCAACAUUACAGCAACUUGCUGUUGGAGACAAGGUGUUGAUUAGCGAUUACAGCGGAGAUUUUCAGGUCUCUCGUUUGUCUGUCGCUAAAGACGUCUGUCUUAUCGCUGGCGGUACAGGUUUUACUCCAAUGGUGCGGAUCAUAAGAAAAUUAAUUGUCGAGGAUCCAAAGGCCACUGUGUCCGUAAAGCUCCUAUUUGCCAACCAGGAAGAGAAAGAUAUUUUAUGGCGAAAGCAACUUGAUGAUCUUGUAGAGGCAUCCAAUCAACGGUUUCAAGUGCUGUACACGAUAUCAAAACCCACGGCGGAAUGGGAGGGGUACGAGGGAAGAAUAUCAAACGAAAUGUUACUCGAUGCCUUACCUCCUCCCCCAGCGGAAAAGAACGCAUCAGAUCUAUUGAUUGGCAUAUGUGGGCCAGAGGCUUUUACGCACUCCAUGAUAAGCUUACUCAAGGGGCUGAAUUACACAAGUAACAUGAUGCACGCUUUCCUUGGUUGACAAUGACGUCAUAUUUUCACGUUUCACGUGGGCUGACAUAGGCGUCACGUAGCUGGUGCUAUGUAACUUCCCUACCUGCAUCACAUCAUCGCCGUUUUCGAGAUGCGGUCAUGUGAUCUUCACGCUGACGUCACGUGAGUACUCCGUGACGUCACAAGCAUUGUCUGCAGUGGAUGUCUCACAUGAACCAUGGUAGUCAAAAUAUGGUAGUCACCCUAAGUAUGGAUGUGCCAAGGAAUUCAGAAAUUGUUGAUGAGAAUGUGGCAAAAUUUUUAUGAGAAAAUAACGAAAAGUU